AUGGCCUCGCCUCCCUCUGCUGCUGCACACCCGUCGUCGCUCGAGGCUGGCCUCACCCAAUCUCGCACCGGCCGCACCCGGCCGCCCCGGCAUGCCCGCGCCUCGCCGACGUUGCUCCUGUCCGGGCCGCACCCUGCCCCCCCUCGGCGUGUCGUGCACCUCAUCGUUCUCCUCCCCACUUCCCCCACGACUCCCCACGACCUCUCCCACCCCUUCUGGAUCGCACACCCGCGUGCCCCGACCCCGCCGACUCGCCCCGGCGCCCCAUCGCCAUCGCCGACCUCCCUGUUGCCGGAGCCCUUCCCGAGCCAACGCCUCGCCGUCCCAGCCGCGUUCGCCGCUGCUCCCCGCGGUCCCGGCGAGCACACCCACGCCCGACGACUGCCGCCUCCGGCCCACAGCUUCUUCGCCGUCCUCGCGCCGUGCCUGCAGCACCACCGACCGCCGUCGUCGUCGUCGCCAGAACCUCCCCGACCUCCUCCUCACGGGUCGCCGCCCUUGCUGCCCGCUAACGGCUUAGACUACGAGACCGACGCCGCUGCUACCCAGUACGACUACGGAGUUGACGGCCCCUCCUUGCCAGAGCAACCAGGCAAGCCCCCCUAUCACCAGAUGUCGCCUAUUCUUCUAUCUAUUGCUUGCAUUAGAGUAGUGUAGCAUGUUACUGUUUGGUUACUCCUAUUUUGUUGCAUAGCCUGUCAUUGUUGCUACAGUCGUUGAUA